AUGACUUUCCCAGAUGAAAUUCUCCAACUCGUUUUCUACGAAUUGAACGACCCGACCCCUUUGACUCUCGUAUCAAAACGUUUUCAUAACUUCUCUCAAGACAACUUCAUCAGAGCCCAUUAUUUCCUGGCUCGAUAUGGCGAGACACAGGCCCUGUUCUAUGCGCUCGGGCGGGGGCGCAUACUUAAUAAGAGUGUCUUGAAUACUCUGUUGGCCAGCGGCGCGCAUAUGUCUCGGUACCUUGUCCAGCUCGCCAUUCACCACUACUUUCGCUCCCAGGGUCACUUCAUCAAGACCACUUGGGUCCGCAGUGUCCCCCUGCCUGUUUUCGUUUACUUCAUGGAACUCGCUACAAAAAAGUAUGGGGAAAUCCCUGUAGGAAAGAACGAGGACGAUGGAUCUAUAUUCGCAACCUUUUUGAGGGAGAGUAGAUUUCACCCUUCUGUGCGUACAACGAACUGGGAGGCAAUCAAGGAUAUCUUGGAGAAGUACAAGUUCUUGCCGUUCACGAAUAAGGACCCAAUCAUGGCACAGUUCCCCCUCGCUCUUGCCAUCGAGCCUCGUUUGUUGCCUCUUGCUGUCGCGAAUGGAUUUCAAAUGGAUAGCAAGUAUCGCGAUUUCGUCUUCCGCAAGAUGUUUGAGCGGCCCAUAGCCUCCAGUGACACUCGUGCAGAUGAUAUCGUCCGAAAUGCGAGAGAGUUGUGUAGAUUGGAUCCCACAAUGUUCCUGAGUCGUACAGUAGCUGCCGAGGUUUGCAUGGAAGCCAAGACAAAUGAAGCCGCAUAUCUAGCACUUCAGAGGCUAGACAAAGCUGGUGAACUACGAUUUGAUCUCUCCACCUUGGUCGAGGAGCUGAUCAAACUAUUCGCAACCACUCGUUCCAUCGCCCUUAACUCCGUUGCGCUAACGCUCAGGCAGCUAUAUGCUGAUUUCCCUUCCAAGGACUACAUUGCUCGCCACGUUCUCCUUUGCUCCAUCUUCAUCCAAGAGGCGUUCAAUUGCUCGCAUGCCCCCGGUUACCCGUAUACCGCCAAUACCCCUCAUCUCUCAACGACUGAAAACCUUAAGCUCCGUUUCGAUGAGUUAGGCCUAGGGAAAGGGCCUACUCGCCUUGAGUUAAUGGCAGUGUUGUUGAACCCUUUCGUAGAACGAUUCACUCCCGUCAUGGAGUGGGUAAGAUGGAAUGGGAGGCGGAUAGUGCGCACGGAGGAUGUAGAGGAUACUAGCGUUGGGAGUAGCAGUGCAUCAGAUAGUAGCGUGCCCAGGAGCAAAGACCGAGCGACUAAAAGGGAAUCAGACAAUCUCCCCGAACGUAGCGGGGCAGUUGGACUGGGCUUGGAUCCCAUCGGUGCCAAAGACUUCAUCCAAGAAGUCGUGGAAAAGAUGUUGGAAGUGGCAUGCAAAGGCAAGAUGAUCAAGAAAAUGUAUGAGCGGUACGAUUACGUCCGCGAAACCAUUGCGAAGGUCGUGCUAGAGAAGCAUCAAAUUGACGUGGAUGAUCUACCACCUUGGGACGACGAGGAUGCUUGCAGACGUUACCAUGCUAAAUUGUCCCGCGAUUACACUAUGCUUGACUCGUCAACUGGCAGGGAGUCCCUUCAACUUGUCCAGCAGAUGCAGCCGUCGCUUCCACCAGAGAUCAAGCCCGACGACGAAGUAGAGGGUUGUGAAGGGCAUGGGAUGGGGAACACUCAAUCAGAGCCCGAACUGGGUCACAUCGGGCAAGAUACAUUGUCCGUGAUGAUACGGCAGGAUGAAACAGCUCCCUCGAGAUCUCGACGACGUGCUUUCUAUAUGUACAAUUACGCAAACGACUCCGCGAACAAGCUUCCUUACCCUAAUGAUCCCUUGAGUGUCGGCCGUUGGGUCAAGACACAGUUUGGAACACAAAGUCGAAUCACCGCCGUCUUCUUGACUCACGCCAUCAUCAAUGAUAAUGCACCCGACAUCAACUACUUCUUUGGCUACGUUGACGCUCAUGUGCCACGGCCAGAAGCUCGCGCCGUGCCUCUCACUUUCAAGCACUUCCAGCUAUUAGCUCGUCUAGGACGCGCACCCAACUGGACGCUGUACAAUGAGCUCGAGCGCGGUGCUGAGUUUUAUUACAGUGAAGACGACUACCUCUCGGACACAGUUGUUAUACCACUGAAACAGGGCAGCUCGCUUACAUACAAGAUUAAGAAAGAAGCCUCGAAAACGAUACUCACCCAGCAUGACCCAACUUCAGCGCCUCGCGGAACUAAGCGUCCUAGACGAGAGGCUGCCUUCACUACCCGGUCCUACGUGGUCCCAGACUCUGACGACGAAGCUAUCAUUGGGGAAUCGGAUGACGAAUGGAUGGACGAUGACCUCUUGAUGAAAAAUAUGCAGCAACAGUGUCAAAAGAAGGCCGAAACGAAUUUACAAAAGUGGAUCGUUCAUUUGACAGCACUUUGCAAGGAUGAAGAGCGAAAGUACAAAGGCAAGAAACGCUCACUUGACAAAGCAGGGAAAAUAGAGGCCCGUGCACGCAUUCAGAAGAAUGAUUUCCUCCGGUCAUUGUCAGUGCAGCUACGGCACUUGCGAAAAGUUGAUCACGACAGAAGGCUGAGCCUGUACGGGCCUGAGUAUGCCGAUGUGGUCUACAGCGACGAAGAUGAUGAAGAGUAUAUUGACAAAACGACCGUGCGCCAUCAGAGGCGCAAGAUUUCCCGCGACUAA